GCGUAACUGAAAUGCACGUAACUGGAGGCGAGCAAAAAAGGACUUACGUCCGAAUGGGGGAAUACGGCCUAUCGUGAGUAGAGAGGUGUGCGAGCCUCCAAGUGUUGCCCAUUGGUUGGUGGCAACGGGUUUAACAUUUGACCCCUCCUCUACACUGUCGCGCCAUUGUGUCCAAUUGACGCUAGCUUUUCCCUUGGAACCGAAAAUUCUCCGGUGUCACGCGCUUUGGAAUAAAAAAGGCCCCCUGUUCCUCUCUCACCAUGUCAGUCUCACCAGACAAACGGCGAAAGAUGGAGUCUGCGCUGGACCAGCUCAAGAAAUACACCGUGGUUGUGGCGGACACCGGGGAUUUUAAUGCCAUUGAUGAGUACAAACCCCAGGAUGCCACCACUAACCCCUCCCUCAUUCUGGCUGCAACCAAGAUGCCUGCUUAUGCACACUUGCUCGACCAGGCCAUCAAGUAUGGGAUUGCUAAGGGCGGGAGUGAAGAGGAGCAGGUGAUGAGCAUCAUGGACAAGCUGUUUGUGAGUUUUGGCUUGGAGAUUCUCAAGAAGAUCCCAGGAAGGGUCUCCACUGAGGUUGAUGCCAGGCUGUCCUUUGAUAAGGAGGGGAUGGUGAGUCGUGCUCGGCAGCUGAUCGCCCUGUAUGAGGAGGCUGGACUGAGUAGGGACCGUGUGCUGAUCAAGCUCUCCUCAACCUGGGAGGGUAUUCAGGCUGGCCGGGAGCUGGAGGAGAAGUACGGGAUCCACUGCAACAUGACACUGCUGUUCUCCUUUGCCCAGGCGGUGGCCUGUGCAGAGGCCCAUGUCACACUCAUCUCACCCUUCGUCGGACGCAUCCUGGACUGGUACAAGGAGAACACCGACCGCAAGAGCUACGAGCCACAGGAGGACCCAGGAGUACUGAGCGUCACGAAAAUCUACAACUACUACAAGCACUUUGGCUAUAGCACAGUGGUGAUGGGGGCCUCCUUUCGUAACACUGGGGAGGUGAAGGCGCUGGCGGGCUGUGACCUGCUCACCAUCUCCCCUGGCCUGCUGGCUGAGCUAAGCCAGGACCACAGUGCCGUCACACCUGCACUUACACUGGAGAGGGCCAAAGCGUGUGAUCUGGAGCAGCUGCACCUGAACGAGAAAGAGUUCCGCUGGCGCCACAACGAGGACCGUAUGGCAGUGGAGAAGCUGUCAGAUGGUAUCCGCAAGUUCGCCGCAGAUGCCAUCAAGCUUGAGAGUAUGAUCAAGGAGAAGAUCCUGAAUGUAAAAAAUGGCCAGUGAGGCAGAGUGGAGAAUGAGGAACGACCCCCCAGACCUGCUGCUGAGAAUGCUGCUGGUCCCCUCUAAACUUCAUCCCAAAAAAAUUCACCCCACUCCCCACUUAGGCUUCAGUCACCUCCCAACCAGAAGUGAACUGUGAAUGUGAGAGAGCAGAGUAUAGCUUGCCUUGUGAGCAGCAUCAUGCAACGUGUAAUUGCUGCAGGACCGAGUACCUUUCUGCUCUACAAUUCCUUUCACAUUUAAUGUAAUUUACUACUGACCUCCACUUUUCCUCCUCUUCUGAAUCUAACCCCCUAGAACAGCUGUCCUAAACUCUUUUUUCAUGCAGUGAUGUUGUGCAUCAUUUGGUCAAUAAAAGUUUUUUUUUGAUCCUUG